CACAAAGUGGGAGGGCAAUUGGCAAUGUUUAGAUGUCGAUCCCGAGGCAGGUAGCUGCAAUUUCAGUUGAGGUAGUGUCCCUUUAACAGCUCAUUUGGGUUGGAUUCUUAACUUUCAGUAUGGGGCUUGAGCUGUACUUGGACCUGCUGUCCUCUCCUUGCAGAGCUGUUUACAUCUUCGCCAAGACAAACAGCAUUCCGUUCGAGUACAAGGAGGUGACACUUAUGAAAGGAGAACAACUUUCUGAGGACUUUGGGAAGGUGAAUCCUUUAAAGAAAAUUCCAGCUUUGAAAGAUGGAGACUUCACCAUGUCUGAGAGUGUUGCAAUCCUGCUGUAUUUGGCUGAAAAGUACAAGCUGCCUGAUCACUGGUAUCCUGCCAACGUGGAAAAACGUGCUAAGAUCAACGAGUUCUUGUUCUGGCAUGUUAAUGUGAUCCGUUCUCUAAUAGGAAAGGAUUUUUGGCUCAAGAUUCUGGUUCCCACGGUUUUAGGAAGGACUGCUCCUGCAGAAAAGCUAGAGGCAGUUGAACAAGAAUUCAGUGCAGCCCUGGACCAGUUUGAGAAAACAUUUCUGCAGGGCAAGACCUACAUCUCAGGAGAGGAGAUUUCAGUGGCUGAUGUGCUGUCAUUGUGUGAUCUCAUACAGGCUACUUGUACUGGUCAAAAUAUUUUUGAGGAACGUCCCAAGAUGGCAGCUUGGCGUAGGAAUGUGGAAUCACACAUAGGAAUGGAGUUGAUCAAUGAGGCACAAAAAGUAGUCCUAAAUGCUGGAAGUUAUUCCAAGGAUUCCAUGGACUCUAAAGGUGUAGAAUGGUUAACGGCCCGGGCCCAGUUGCUGCUUUCAUAAUGCCAUGGAGUGGGCAAAUUUUGUUCAAAGUUCUUUUCUCUUUCAUCUGACAAGCUUUUACUUGUUAUAAAUUCAGACGACAUCUAUAGAUCUAUAUGCAAUUAUGUAACUAUUGGCAAAUGGAAAUUCAGGCAGUACCUAGAAAGAGUUUAUUAAUGAUCGUUAGUUUCAUAGGUUUUAAAAUGUUGCUGUAUGUUGUAUACAGAUCAACCAUAGCAUUUAGUGAAUGCCAUGUUUGCCGUCUGGUGCAGUUAUAUGAUUAGACCUAAACACUUCAAAAUCUAAAUAUAUAAGUAAUCUGAGUUUAAGAAGUAGUAAUGUUCACCAAAGUGUUUUAUAAACAUCAGUGAGAAAAGUCUGUUAUUCUUAUGCCUGCUGUUUGAUUUGACAAAGAACGCAAGAAAGAAAAUAAUUGCUUGUGCUUACGUAAUAGUAAAGACAGAGCUACGACCAUGUAAAAUGUAAUUUGUCAUUUUGUUCGUAAUUCGUGCUGUAGCCCAAAUAAUUCUAGCAAACAUGGCAUUAGAAACCUGGUAUGUCCAAGAUGUAUACCCUUUCUAAAAAUGUUUUGACCAAAAUAAACAAUCUGCAUUAA